AUGAUACCACACUGCACUUUCUAUUUUACUGUUUUCAGACAGAAAGCUAGCCUUCAAACCAUGGAGACGUCCUUGACUGAAGGGUUAUCACCAGUUAACAUAACAGCGACAAUGACUCCUGCAGUGUCAACCAACCUCUCUCAGCACUCGCAUGCUCCUUUACUGGAUAGAUUGGCCCAUCUGGACGAAGGCCUGUAUAACGACUUCUACUGUCUCUGGAUAGGCCUACUGGUCGUCAACACCCUUAUCUUCAUGAUUGGAAUGGUCCUGAACAUACUGGCCUUGUACGUCUUUUGCUGCCGCACCAAACCAAUGUCCACCUCAGUCAUAUAUACAAUCAACCUGGCUGUCACCGACCUACUGGUCAGUCUGUCAUUGCCCACCCGUAUCAUACUCUAUUAUAGCGGGGGCAAAUGCCUCAACUGUUCCUAUGUACACAUCUUUAGUUAUUUCGUUAACAUGUACUGCAGCAUCCUUUUCCUCACCAGCAUUUGCGUGGACCGUUAUCUGGCUAUCGUUCAGGUGGAGGCCUCGCGUAAGUGGAGAAACCCCAGCGUAGCGAAGGUGGUUUGCGUCUGUAUCUGGCUCUUUGCCAUUGUGGUCACUUACUCCUUGCUCACCACUGCUUUCAAGCAAUCGACCUGCUGCCAGUCCAAGCUCUUCGCCCUGACCAUCUUUGAGUUCUUUGUUCCCAUGGUGAUCAUCGUGGUGUUCACCGUGAGGAUCAUGUGUGCCCUGGCUAACCCGGGUCUGAUGCAGCAAAGCCGCGAGAGACGCAUGCGGGCUGUACAGCUGCUCACCACCGUGCUGGUGAUCUUCACCAUCUGCUUCACCCCGUUUCACGUAAGGCAAGUGCUGGUCUACUUCUAUCCGGAUCUGCCUCACCAUAUAAUCGUCUACCACGUGACCGUCACCCUCAGCAGCCUCAACAGCUGCCUGGACCCGGUGGUUUACUGUUUCGUCACCAACAACUUCCAGUCCACCAUGAAGAGGUUCUUCAGGAGGGCAGAGGCAGAGCUGACCAGUGGGGAUAUUAUCAGCAUGCAGAAAAGCUCCAAGGGCUCUGGCAUAGGGACUGUGACUGCUUCUAACAUGAUGAUGACCAACUUGAACUCUCCCCGGCAAGAAAACCUCAGGUCAUGA